GCAGCGCGGGGUCCGGACGUCUCGGGCCCAGGCCGGGCGGGCGCGGGGAGAUGCGGCGCCUCCUGCCCGCCUCGGCGCGCUCCUCGUCCGGCUCCCUCGGCCCCCGGCGGCGGCCGGCCCCGAGCCCCGCGCCCCAGUAGCGGCGGACGCGGCGCCCGACGAGCGGUAACAUGCACGUCUCACUGGCGGAGGCCCUGGAGGUGCGGGGUGGGCCACUGCAGGAGGAAGAGAUAUGGGCUGUUCUGAAUCAGAGCGCCGAGAGUCUCCAGGAACUGUUCAGGAAAGUCAGCAUAGCUGAUCCCGCCGCCCUGGGCUUCAUCAUCUCGCCCUGGUCCCUGCUGCUGCUGCCGUCGGGCAGCGUGUCCUUCACCGACGAGAACAUCGAAGGUCAGGAUCUCCGUGCCUUCACCGCCCCCGAGGUGCUGCAGAACCAGUCCCUGACUUCCCUCUCGGACGUCGAGAAGAUCCAUAUUUAUUCUCUUGGAAUGACGUUGUACUGGGGGGCUGACCAUGAAGUCCCUCAGAGCCAACCCAUCAAGCUUGGAGACCACCUCAACAGCAUCCUCCUGGGGAUGUGUGAGGACGUCAUUUACGCGCGCGUGUCCGUCCGGACUGUCCUGGACGCCUGCAGUGCCCACAUCAGGAACAGCAACUGCGCGCCCUCAUUCUCCUACGUCAAGCAGCUGGUCAAGCUCGUCCUGGGAAACCUGUCUGGGAUGGACCCACUAUCCCAUAACUCUGAGCAGAAGCCUGACCGAAGCCAGGCGAUUCGAGACCGGCUGAGAGGAAAAGGUUUACCCACAGGAAGAAGCUCUCCUUCCGGUGUACUAGACACACACCAGUCUCCAUUCUCUCAGCAGACCUUUCUUAACAAAGGGCUUAGUAAGUCUAUGGGAUUUCUGUCCAUCAGAGACACACAAGAUGAGGAAGAUUAUUUCAAGGACCUCUUGUCAGAUCAUUCAGGACAUGAAGAUUCUGAAAAUACUUGCUCCCCUUACCAGUGCAAAACUAGUAGCCCAGAAAAAAAAGUUAUCCCUGGCAUUGAUGUGCUUCCCAAAAAGAAGAUUUGGGCUUCAUCCAUGGACUUGCUUUGCACAGCUGACAGAGAGGCGUCCGCGGGAAGGAGCGACAGAUACAGACACCGGCUCCCCGACGCGGUCGCGGUGAGGACUUCCGUUUCUCCUGGGAGAGCAGAGGCCAGGUACUCGGAUGGAGGCUUAGCCCUGGAUGGCUUUGGCCCUCAGAGAGCAGAGCAGGAGCUCCCCACCUCCUCAGCGAUAUCAAGUGCUCUGGACCGAAUUCGUGAGAGGCAAAAGAAGCUUCAGGUUCUGAGAGAAGCCAUGAAUGUAGAAGAACCAAUGCGAAGAUAUAAAGCUUACCACAGUGAUAUUUUUAGUACCUCCAGUGAAAGUCCAUCUAUUAUUUCCUCUGAAUCUGACUUCCGACAAGUAAGAAAGAGUGAAGUUGCAAAGAGAUUUGAAUCCAGCACUGGUGUCCCAGGGAUCGAUGAAACCCCAAGUCAAGGCCAGUCCCAGAGACCAAGCAGGCAAUAUGAGACGCCCCUCGAAGGCAACUUAAUUAAUCAAGAGAUCAUGCUGAAACGACAAGAAGAGGAAAUGAUGCAGCUGCAAGCUAGACUCGCCCUUCGACAGUCUCGGCUGAGCCUCUAUCCGGGAGACACCAUCAAAGCCUCCAUGCUCGACAUCUCCAGGGACCCCUUACGAGAAAUGGCGCUCGAAACAGCCAUGACCCAAAGAAAACUCAGGAACUUCUUUGGCCCUGAGUUUGUGAAAAUGACGGUUGAACCAUUUAUAUCUUUGGAUUUGCCACAAUCCAUCCUUAACAAGAAAGGGAAGAAUGAAGAUAUCCGAAGGAAAGUGAACAUCAUGCUGUUGAGUGGGCAGAGACUGGAACUAACCUGUGACACCAAAACCACCUGCAAAGACGUGUUUGAUAUGGUCGUGGCCCACAUCGGCUUGGUGGAGCACCAUUUGUUCGCUUUAGCCACGCUCAAAGAUAACGAGUAUUUCUUUGUGGAGCCUGACUUAAAACUAACCAAAGUGGCCCCAGAGGGAUGGAAAGAGGAACCAAAGAAAAAAGGCAAAACCACUAUCCAUUUCACUUUGUUUUUCCGAAUUAAAUUUUUCAUGGAUGACAUUAGUUUAAUACAACACACCCUGACUUGCCAUCAGUACUACCUCCAGCUGCGCAGGGACGUCUUGGAGGAGCGGGUCCACUGCGACGAUGAGGCUUCCCUGCUGCUGGCCUCCUUGGCCCUCCAGGCUGAGUACGGAGAUUACCAGCCAGAGGUUCAUGGUGUGUCCUAUUUUAGACUGGAGCAUUAUUUACCUCCCAGAGUGAUGGAGAAACUUGAUUUAUCCUAUAUUAAAGAAGAGUUACCCAAGUUGCAUAAUACGUAUGUGGGAGCUUCCGAAAAAGAGACAGAGCUGGAGUUUUUAAAGGUCUGCCAGAGACUGACAGAGUACGGAGUUCAUUUCCACCGCGUGCACCCUGAAAAGAAAUCGCAAACUGGAAUAUUGCUCGGGGUCUGCUCUAAAGGCGUCCUCGUGUUUGAGGUUCACAACGGAGUCCGCACGUUGGUCCUUCGCUUUCCAUGGAGGGAAACCAAGAAGAUUUCUUUUUCUAAAAAGAAAAUCACACUGCAGAAUACAUCCGACGGCAUCAAGCACGCCUUCCAGACGGACAGCAGGAAGGUGUGCCAGUACCUGCUGCAGCUGUGCUCCUCCCAGCACAAGUUCCAGCUGCAGAUGCGGACCAGGCAGAGCAACCAGGACACGCAGGACAUUGAGAGAGCCUCGUUUAGGAGCCUGAACCUGCAAGCAGAGUCCGUUAGAGGAUUCGGUGUGGGCCGAGCCAUCAGCACGGGCAGCCUGGCCAGCGGCACCCUGAGCAAGCUGGCCGUCCGACCGCUGUCCGUCCAAGCCGAGAUUCUGAGGAGGCUGUCGUGCUCCGAGCUGUCGCUCUACCAGCCGUGGCCGAGCAGUGCAAAGGAGAAGAGCGACGGAGCCUCCUGGGAGGACAAGCCCAGAGGGAUGAGCAAGUCGUACCACGACCUCAGUCAGGCCUCGCUCUGUGCGCCGCGGACACGAGCCCCGGCUCACGCGGAGGCCCCGCCGCAGAGCACUGCGGAGCUGGCGGGGAAACCCUCGCACCCCAGGGCGAGAUCUGACACAGGAUCUGUGGCGGGAGCCGCAAAACUCAAUAAUUCAAAGUCUGUGGCAAGUUUAAAUAGAAGUCCUGAAAGGAGGAAGCAGGAAUCAGACUCCUCGUCCUUUGAAGACCCUGGCCAAGCCUAUGUCAUAGGAAUGCCUUUGCAUAGUUCUGGAAAUUCUUCAUCCCAAGUACCCUUAAAAGAAAAUGUGGACGUGCUACACAAAAGAUGGAGUAUAGUCUCCUCGCCAGAAAGGGAGAUCACGCUGGUGAAGCUGAAGAAAGAUGCCAAGUGUGGCUUGGGAUUUCAAAUUAUCGGUGGAGAGAAGAUGGGAAGACUGGAUCUAGGGGUGUUUAUUAGCUCAGUUAUGCCUGGAGGGCCAGCUGACUUGGAUGGACGCUUAAAGCCAGGAGACCGUUUGAUAUCUGUGGACAGCGUGAGUCUGGAGGGCGUCAGUCACCAUGCUGCCAUUGAAAUUUUGCAAAAUGCACCCGAAGAUGUGACUCUUGUUAUCUCUCAGCCAAAAGAAAAGAUAUCCAAAGUGCCUUCUACUCCCGUGCACACUGCCCACGGCAUGAAAAGCUUCCUGAAGAAAGCCUCCUACCUGCAGGACGGCGCCACCUGUGCCCCCGAGGGCCACCGCUGGCCGUGCGGCACCCCGCGGCACGUCUCCGAGAACUCGUGCGGACUCCCCGGGGGCCUGCGGAAGGGAAGCCUGAGCUCUCAGGACUCUCGGACCGAGAGCGCCAGCCUGUCCCAGGGUCACCUCAACGGUUUCUUUGCCAGCCACGCAGGUGACCGCAGCUGGCAGGAGUCCAAGCCCACCAGUCCCUCGUCGUCAGUGAGAUGCAGAGCCGCGGAGAAGAGGAGGGCUUCUCUGGAGGGCAGCCGGAGCCAAGUCCAGAAGGCAGGCGUUCCGGAUGGGACCGAUGGCUCGGACCGCGGAGACUCAGAGGCGGAGGAGGCCACGUAUUCCGCCAGCCUGGAUCUGCAAACGCCAAAAAAGGAAUCUUCCUCCUCCAUGAAUACAUCCAACAAAAUGAAUUUUAAAACUUUUCCUUCAUCACCUCCUAAACCUGGAGAUACCUUUGAGGUUGAGCUGGCUAAAAAUGAUAACAGCUUGGGAAUAAGUGUCACGGUACUGUUUGACAAGGGCGGUGUGAAUACCAGCGUCAGACAUGGUGGCAUUUACGUGAAAGCUCUGAUCCCCAAGGGAGCAGCAGAAUGUGACGGUAGAAUUCACAAAGGUGACCGUGUCCUGGCUGUCAAUGGAGUUAGCCUGGAAGGAGCUACACAUAAGCAGGCUGUGGAAACACUGAGAAACACAGGCCAGGUGGUUCAUCUACUGUUAGAAAAGGGGCAGUUUUUAUCCUCCAAAGACCAUGUCUCAGCCAGCCCACAGCCAGAGCAGGACACCCAAGGCCACACCCUAGAAGCAAUGAAGAAAAUGACUCCCCUUAAAGACUACAGCUUUGUCACUGAAGAGAAUACAUUUGAGGUCAAGUUAUAUAAAAAUAGCUCAGGACUUGGAUUCAGUUUUUCUCAAGAAGAUAAUCUUACAACUGAACAAAUGAAUACCAGCAUGGUACGGGUUAAGGCGCUCUUUGCUGGGCAGCCAGCAGCAGAAAGCAGAAGAAUUGAUGUGGGAGACGUUAUCCUGAAAGUGAAUGGCACCUCUCUGAAAGGACUGUCCAAACAGGAAGUGCUGUCUGCUCUCAGAGGAACAUCUCCGGAAGUGUCUCUGCUUCUCUGUAGACCUCCACCUGGUGUGCUUCCGGAAAUUAACACUGCUUUGACCCCGCUGCAGUCUCCAGCACAAGUCCUUCCCAACAGCAGUAAGGAGCCUGCUGGGCCGGCGGGAGUGGAGCCAGGCGCCACUAGCUCGGACGAAAACGAUCUGUCUGAGAAGAGCCAGAAGCAGCGUGUGUCCCCACCCAGAAGAGACAGUUAUAGCGACAGCAGCGGAAGUGGCGAGGAAGACUUGGUGAAGCCCCCAGCGGAGAAACCCGGCGGGAGCUGGCGCAUGGCCUCGGCCAAGCCCGCAGACAGUGGACUCUCCCAGGCGCGCCCGCAGCACGCGCCCAGCAAGAACCCAGGAGAGCCCGUUGGCACCACGCUCUACUGUCCUCAGAGAACACCCAGUCACGCCGAGUUGGGGGACGGUGCCCGUCCUUCCCCUCCACUGUGGGACAUGAGGCCUGGGCAGAGCUCUCAGCCGCACGCAGAACCGGAUGCCUCUCACCCAGCGGCCCAGUGUCACACGCCUCAUGCGUCUGCACCGGCGAGGCAAGGAAGCUUGACAUCCUCCAAGACUGACUUGGAAAAUCCCCUUGAAGACUUUGAGCUGGAAGUAGAACUCGCCAUUACCCUAAAUAAAUCAGAGAAAGGAAGCUUGGGUUUUACAGUAACCAAAGGCAGUCAGAGUAUUGGUUGCUACGUUCAUGAUGUCAUUCAGGACCCAGCCAAGAGUGAUGGCAGGCUCAAACCUGGGGACCGCCUUAUAAAGGUUAACGACACGGACGUCACGAACAUGACUCACACGGAUGCAGUGAACCUGCUGCGAGCUGCACCCAGAACAGUGCGCCUUGUCCUCGGGCGAGUCCUCGAAGUGCCUCGGCGGCCCGUGCCGCCCGCCCUGCUGCCCGACAUCACCCUGACGUGUGGCAGCGAGGGGCUGGGUUUUUCCUUGUCCGGGGGCCACGACAGCCUGCAGAAGGUGGUGUACGUCAGCGACAUCGACCCCCACUCCGCCGCAGCCCUGGAGGGUGACGUCCAGCUGCUGGACAUCAUCCACUACGUGAACGGCGUGAGCACACAGGGCAUGACCUGGCAAGAGGCGCAGAGAGCCCUGGACGCCGGCCUCCCCUCGGUCGUGCUCAAAGCCACUAGAGAUGGCCAUCCAGUGGUUCCCAGUUCGACGAGGUCUGCAGGGUCAACUCCUCGGCCACCCGUAGCCAAUGGUGAGGCUCAUCCUGCUGCAAGGCCGAGUGGCAAGCCCAGCCUCACGCCGACUCAUUCGUUCUCCAAGGUGAACGGGGAAGAGACGCGUGAAGCUGUGUGUCCCCAAGAGAAAAGCUCCAGUCCGCAGGCGGGCGCGGCAGGCUGGACUCGCCCCAAAGAAUCUGAUAUGCAAGAGGACGACAUGUAUGAUGAUCCCCAGGAAGCUGAAGUUAUCCAGUCUCUGCUCGACGUGGUAGACGAGGAAGCCCAGAAUCUCUUAAACCAGAAUAACGCAGCAGGACAGGCCUCUGGCGCAGGUGCCCUGGAGAUCAGCAGGAAGUUAUCUGAAGAGAAAGCAGAAGGUUCUGACCGUGAUGGCUCGCCUCUGCCUGAGGGUCUCCCAGAGUCUACCAAAAUUAAUGGCUGUGAAGAACAUAGUGAAGAAAAAGCACAGAGUGAAAGCUUAAUUCAGAAGUCAGAAGAAAAGAAGAUCAACGGCAAUAAAAUAUCUUGGGAUAAUGAACUGCCAAUAAACACAACCAACCACCAAGAUUCUGAUAAAGAUCACCCCUUUCUGACGGAGGAGGAGCUUGCGGCGCUCCCAGUUGUCAGAGUGCUUCCCGCUGGCAAGUACACUGGCCCACACCUGAAGUCAGCCAUCCGGACGCUUCGGGGUCUGCUGGACCAGGGCAUCCCGUCCAAGGAGCUCGAGAACCUUCAAGAAUUAAAACCUUUGGAUCAGUGUCUAAUUGGACAAAUGAAGGAAAAUAGAAGGAAGAACAGAUAUAAAAAUAUACUUCCCUAUGACGCCACGAGAGUCCCCCUCGGCGCCGAAGGCGGCUACAUCAACGCCAGCUUCAUCCGGAUCCCUGUGGGGAAGGACGAGUUGGUGUACAUCGCCUGCCAGGGGCCCCUGCCCACCACGGUGGGGGAUUUCUGGCAGAUGAUCUGGGAGCAGGGGUCCACCGUGAUCGCCAUGAUGACCCAGGAAGUCGAAGGGGAGAAAGUCAAAUGCCAGCGCUACUGGCCCGACGUCCUGGGCAAAACCACCGUGGUCAGCGACAGGCUCCGGCUGGCUCUGGUGAGAGUCCAGCAGCUGAAGGGCUUCGUCGUGCGGGCGAUGACGCUGGAGGACAUUCAGACAGGAGAGGUGCGGCGGGUUUCCCAUCUGAACUUCACCGCCUGGCCGGACCACGACACGCCCUCGCAGCCCGAUGACCUGCUGACCUUCAUCUCCUACAUGCGCCACGUGCACAGGGCGGGCCCGGUCAUCGCGCACUGCAGCGCCGGCAUCGGCCGCUCCGGGACCCUCAUCUGCAUCGACGUGGUCCUUGGACUCAUCAGUCAGGACCUUGAGUUCGACAUCUCAGACCUGGUGCGCUGCAUGCGGCUGCAGCGGCACGGGAUGGUGCAGACGGAGGAUCAGUAUAUUUUCUGCUAUCAAGUCAUCCUUUACGUUCUGACACGUCUCCAGUCCGAAGAGGAGCAAAGAGAGCAUCCGUUGCCCCUGAAAUGAUGUAGAGCAGACGGCCUCCUGGACCCCUCGCCACCCUCCCCCGGCCCCCCUGACGCCUCUGGUCUCUCUUCCAGAGAAAGGCCCGGCAGAGAUGCAGAGACCAGCGCCCCGAGCAACUCUGCCCGGAGGGCCUCUUCGGAGCAAUAAGGAAUGUUGAAAGGCUGAAUUUUUACAGCUAUUUUUAACCAAUGAUAAUUUUUUUAAUAUAACACUAAAUAAUGCGAUAUUAAGGGUGGUUUAGACAACGUUUGAUUAUCACAGACAUUAUUAUACAGACACAGUGCAUAUAUUUUUUAAUGUACCAAUCUUGUUUAUAGCAAAAUUCUUUUCCAGUAUUUUAAUGGAAUUCUUUUCUAGGGUAUACUUGAAACCAGUGUUGAAGCUUUAAAUGACAAUAAUACUGGCAUAGGAAGAAGUAGCAGAUGUUUACUGUGUUCUAAUGUUUACUAUAUAGAAUUGCCUGUAAUAUAUUUAUAUACUUUUUCAUGACCGUGGAGCUCUCAGACACGUAACUGCAUCAUCCUUUUGCCAUGUAUCAUAACCCUUUGUAAAUAAAAGUGCACCGAACCCUGCGCGAAGCUUGGUGUGAGCAAACACACAGGGUCAGCGUUUUCUGUGAACUCCCACUGGCAGCGAGACUGCAGCAGACGCCGCCCCGGGGGUCACGGGGUCAGCGGGGAGGCUCGGGUGUGUGGACAAACGAGUUCAGGAGCUCAGCCUCCAUCUCCCAGGCCCCUGGGAGUGGUACCAGCUGGUCGGGUCUAGCUGCCGCCUACGUCUGCACCUCCACGUCAUCAUUGCGGUACACUCACACCAGCUCAGCUGACAGGAUGGGGGGAUUGUGCACUUCCAAGUCCUCAUUGCAUUACGCUCACACCAGCCCAUCAUUGCAGUACCUUCACACCAGCUCAGCUGACGGGAUGGGGGGCAGGGGGUGAUGCACUUCCAAGUCCUCAUUGCAGUACUCUCACACCAGCUCAGCUGACGGGAUGGGGGGCGGGGGGUGAUGCACUUCCAAGUCCUCAUUGCAGUACUCUCACACCAGCCCAUCAUUGCAGUACCCUCACACCAGCUCAGCUAACAGGAUGCGGGAAUUUUGCACUUCCAAGUCCUCAUUGCAAUACACUCACACCAGCUCAGCUGACGGGCGGACGUUGGGGUGGUCGGAGAGCACCCGUCCUUCGGCCUGGGAAAACCCGUGUAUUGUUCUGCCUGCAGGGAGAGCGGUCACCAGGGGACCUGCCUCUCCUCUCGGGCUGGGCCGUCCUACUGACCCAGCCUCUGGCAGUGCCCCUCUCCUCGGCACGGGUGGCACCGCACGGGAUCUUGUGGGUUCACCCCCCACAGUUUGCCUGCCGCUGAGCUUGACCCGGGCCCUGCCGAGCCCGGUGCUCUGCUGCGGUCUGUUUCCGAGUGGCGUUGUCUGUGGACAGACACGGAGCUGAUGGCCCUGACCCACCUCGGAACUGGCUCGGGGGCUGGCCAGAGCGUCGACAGCCUGGCAGCCGUGGGCGGGCCGGGGUGGGAUGGAGAGGCCGAGCGUUCCUGGGCUUCACUGACUGCAGCGAGCCAAACCCCAACCCAGUGGCUGACACAAGUUAAGAGUUUUCUCGAGAAAACAAGUCCGGGGCUGGAGAGGCCCUACCGCAGGGAAGGCGCUUGUCUUGCAAGCAGCUGAGCCGGGUUCCAUCCCCCGCAUCCCGCACGGGCCCCUGAGCCCCUUCUGGUGAUACCUGAGUCCAGAGCCCCAGGUAAGCGAGGAGCUUUCCCCAGGUGUGGCCCCCAAACAAAAGGAGACGCAAGCUCAGAAGCUGGCGGGUGGAGGCUGGAGCCCGGGUUCAAGGGGCGGCAGUCAGGGCCGGGGAGAGCAGUGAAGACACGUGCCCGGCCUGCACUGUGGCCAUACAGGGUCCCGGGAUGGCGCCCUGACCUCAGAGCCAGCCCUGGACACCGCCUGGAAGGGCCCCUGAGCCCUCUGAGUGGUCGGGGCGUGGCCUCUGGACUCAGGGCAGGCUCCGGCACCAGGGGUGUGCCCCAAUGGCAAGAAACACAUGCACGAUGUCCCGCGGUCUCUUCCCCAGGCUGGGAAUGACAAGGGCAGCUCUAGCUCCUGGAUCCUGGGGGGCGGGGAGCCACCAGAGCACCGGGUACAAUGAGAAAGUCUCUGGGUGCCCAAAGAAGGGAGAAUUUUCCAAAGUCCCAAACAGACUGCCCCUUCUCACUUACUAGCAAGAGCUGCGUCACACAGCCGCCUCCAGCUGCGAGAGAGUUCUAGACUGUCCUGAGCCAGACCUUGGCUAUUAAUCAGGAAAUGGUGGAUGUUCGGAUUCCACCAGCAGCCAAUGCCUUCCCGGUUUUGCCAGGUCCCACCAUUCCUUAGGGACAAACUCUGUGCCAAGCUUUGAAGAUCUUCCUGACUCCAGAAGUCGCUGGAUUUGUAACCUGAUUUGUAAGUUGAGUUUGUAAUUCACUGACAAGGAGGAACUGAAGGUUGUGUUUAGCUUUGCAGGUUUAGAUACGGGACUUUAGAGACCAGAGAAAUAGUGCAGCAGCAAUGGUGGUUGCCUGGCAACUGGCUGACCUGGGUUUGAUCCCUGGCACCGCAUAAGAUCCCCUGAGCACUGCCACCAGGAGUGAUCUCUGAGCACAAAGCCAGGGGAUAGAAGGAAGAAAGGAAAGAAGGAUAG